AGUUAGUCUUGAUUAGCAAACCCGCGUAACAGCACGGCUGCGUGUUCCUCCACGCCCAUGAGAGCCCCUGCUAGAGAGUGGAUAUAUUACAGGAGACCUUAGCCGACCCUUCGUCCCCUUCCCCAGGCACCUUCUCGUCUGUCAGGUGAGGAGGCCCUGCACGGCGUGAUGCCGCGGCGCUCGCUUCAUCGGUGAUAAUUUUAGAGUGCAUUGGCGGCAGUAGAUGGCUUUCUUUGAAAAUAACCAAAGAACCAAAGACUUCUCCAGUUUAGCCGCCACAAGAAAAGGGCCUCAUGUCGAUGAGAAAGAAAUCAGGUUUGAGGAUAACCAACUUCGGGAAGGAAAAUCCUCCAGCGCCACCAGCAAGGAACUCCUCUAUGAUACAGGACAAUGGCGGCUACAGAAUAACGAACAGGCCGCUACCCCGAACACCGGAACCCGAGCGACGCAUCAUCCCCCGAAUCAGGCACAGGAGGAACAGAACGCUUCCGAACAUCUCUCUCCCGACAAAUGUGACCCACGUCGUUCAUGUGGAGUUCAACCCGGUCACGGGAGAUCUCGAGGGUCUUCCAGAGCAAAUGAAGCUUCUCCUCGAUGCCUCUACCAUCACCCAAGAGGAGAAGCAGCAAAACCCGCAGGCGGUCUACCAGGCCCUCAAGUACAUGCAGGAUCCGAAAUUUCAACUGACGACCGCAAAAUACAUGACUCAGGCCGAAGAUGGCGAUUACGACGAUCUGCCACCACCCCGUCCCGUGGAGGACCCUGCCAUAUGCCCCCUUUCUACCAUUAGGGAAUCCAGGGAAUUUAUGGCAAAGAGAGCGUCGGACAUAGAGACCUUAGGAUCCCCUCCGCCGCCGCCUAUUCCUAAGAGACCAGAGAGAACAAAGUCCAUCUACACGAAAGCCGUCGAAUACGAAGACACACCCGAUUGCAUAAGCUCGAAAGAGGAGAAGCCAGGUCCACCUAACGUUACUCCUGCCGCAGUCUCGAAGGCCGACAUCAAAGUUCAGACGCUCAAGAAGCUCCGUCACAUCGUGAGUGUCGGAGACCCCGUGAAGAAGUUUUCCUUCCAGAAGAAAAUCGGCCAAGGGGCGUCGGGUGCCGUCUACACAGCCAUAGACCAGACAACGGGAGAUUCAGUGGCCAUAAAGCAGAUGGUGUUGGCGAAACAGCCGCGCCCUGAACUCAUCCUGAACGAAAUAUUGGUGAUGCAGAAGAGCAAACAUCUGAACAUCGUUAAUUACCUCGAUUCCUAUCUGGUGAAGGAAGAGCUCUGGGUAGUGAUGGAAUUCUUAGCGGGAGGGUCUUUAACCGAUGUCGUAACAGAGACCUGUAUGGAAGAAGGACAAAUAGCUGCUAUAUGCAGGGAAGUUCUCCAGGGUCUGCAGUUCCUCCACGAGCGAAGCAUUAUCCAUCGAGACAUAAAAUCAGACAACAUUCUCUUGGGAAUGAACGGCGAAAUCAAAAUCACCGACUUCGGCUUCUGCGCUCAACUGUCCCCGGAGAAGACGAAGAGGACCACAAUGGUAGGAACUCCCUACUGGAUGGCCCCAGAGGUGGUCCGUCGGAGGCAGUAUGGACCAAAGGUCGAUAUUUGGUCCCUUGGCAUCAUGGCUAUCGAGAUGCUUGACGGUGAACCACCUUAUAUGAACGAGGAUCCGCUUAGGGCGCUCUUUCUCAUCGCUAAUACUGGAAAACCAGAAAUCAAGGAGAGAGAAAAGUUGUCGCCAUUUUUCCAGGAUUUUCUCGAUCAGUGUCUGGAAGUGGAUAUCAAUGUCCGCCCCUCUGCAGCCAAGCUUCUUCAGCAUCCGUUCCUUCGCUGCGCACAUCCACUCACCUCGCUGAGAGCAGUCAUCGAAGCAACCAAGCAGGCCCUGGCAAUGAAGGAAAAGCAAGGACUUAGGUGAUGGACGAGUAAACAAAGCUAAGGACAGACCCAACACUGGCUCCUUCUAAGAAGGAAGAACAUAGAAUAGUAGCCUAUUGCUCUCGUUUGAAAUGGAAUGGUUAUAUAACCAUUACCCAUGGAUACCAUGAACCUUUGAUUCAGCAACGUAAAAUAUUUUUUUUUAGUGCUGAUUGCUGCAAGCCAUUGUUAAUCAAUAUCCAAGGCGUCUUGAGACCUAGCUCUCUUAAAAGAUUAUCAUUGUUAAUUUUAUCGGAAACUGAAUCAGUUUCAGCUUUCAGGAUAAGUUGAAAGUAGGAUUCAUAUCAGUUUUGACUUUGACUCGUGUUCCCAAAAAUUUAACGUCUCACGUGAGAGUGAACACUGAAGAUAAUUAUUUUAUUUUAGAAUUCUCUAACAUCCCUUCAGUGAUUUCAUUCAUGAUUUUCAUUCUGUUCCAUUCAAAGUUGUACAAGAAAAUUGGGUUUUGUCUUUGGUUAUGCUUCGCUGUUUUCAUGACUUUUCCUACGCAGUACGUAAAUGCAUGAAACGUGUCUUUUGUAAAUGCAUAAGCUAAAACCUUUCUUUCUUAUAUGUAAACAUAUUAUGAAACCUUGAUGUUGUUUGGUUAGUACAAUGAAUAUUAUUUAUUCAAUUUCCUUUAUUUCUGUCCUUCAUUCUAAGCACGAAUAAAGCUAUUCUGUCUUAA